CCAUCGAGGCGCAUAAAAGGGCUUGGCGACUCCGCACCACCACCCUUCUUCCUCUUCUUCUGCGCCAUGAGGACUUCCAUAGCCUUCGCUGUCCUGGUGGUGGCCGGCCUUGUUGCGGCGACCAGCUCGAGGCAGCUUCCCGCGGAGCCGAAGCAAGGCCUUGAGGUCGCGCCCAAGCAAGGCGUGCACGUCGACCCUAAAGCUGCUCGCGCCAAGUGUGGAGGUUCGAUGACCUUGGCCACAGGACAAGAGAUGACCAUGAAGACCCCGGGGUACCCCAAGAAGUACCCCAAUAAGAGGAAGUGCACCUGGGACAUUUCCAGCCAGAACUCCGACGAACACCUUGAACUUUCUUGCUCCAACUUCGAGCUGAAAAAGUCCAAGUCUUGCAAAGGAGACAGCCUGCGCCUUUCGGACAACGAGAGCGUGGAGACCUUCUGCGGCCACGGGGAAAAGACCUUCGUCACCAAAACCAACACACUCAAAGCUACCUUCAAGAGCAACAGGUACGGCAGAGACAAAGGCUUCGAGUGCACCGUGAGGAGCGUCCGCAGCGACACUGACUCAACUGAUUUUUCCACCGGGGCAACUGGCCAGACUACAGCCGCGCCUGCAACAACCAAGCAGCCCACAACCACUAAGCCUCCAACUGCUGGCUGCCAGUGUGGCGUAGCGAACCCCAACCGCAUUGUUGGUGGGACAGAGGUGUCACCUGCCCACAAAUACCCUUGGCAUAUCGGCCUCAAGUACGAAAACGGAGCCAGCUACUGGUGCGGCGGAUCCAUCAUCAACAACCAGUACGUCAUGACCGCCGCCCACUGCUUCUUCGACAAGUACGGGAACCGCGAGUCCGACGAGGGUCUCGUGGUGGGCGUGGCCGACCACGACAUGUCCGUCUCCACUGACGACGUCUCGGGCGUCACGAGGUUGGUCAAGGUGGCCAAGGUCAUCCUUCACCCCAACUACGUGUCUUCAGGGUAUGACAACGACAUUGCCCUCCUCAAGCUGUCCGAGACCCUGGAUCUGUCCAAGAACAAGGAGCUGAGGUCCGUCUGUCUGCCCGCCGACGACUCCAAGAACUACGCAGGAGCCUUGGGCAUCGCUGCAGGAUGGGGCAAGCUGCAGUACGGUGGAAGCCAGCCCGACAAGCUAAUGGAGGUGACACUGCCCAUCCUGGAGCAAAGCUGUUGGGGUAAAACAGUGACGGAAAGA